AUGAAUGCCACCAAUUCCAGCACUGUAAUCACCCAAGGCGAGGAUGCUCCCUUUUCCGUUGUAACAUUUAAUGCAUACGUCAUUAUUGGACCAAUGGUGUUGUCUGCGCUCGUUAACGCCUGCUUCUUUGGCGUUCUCAUCGUCCAGAUCUAUGUGUAUUAUGCAAAUUUCGCCAACGAUCAUCGAGCGAUGAAGCUCACGGUAGCAGCCAUCUUAGCAUCACAGAUUGCACAUGUGAUUUGUGUGUCGGCGACACUAUGGAACCUUACUGUCAGCGCCUACGGAAACCCUUCAUCGCUCCAGGUCUUCCCAUUGGGAGCAGACGCGGCUAUCCUCUUCACUGGAAUUACAGGGUUGCUGGUAGAGUCGUCCUUCGCAUUUCGACUAUGGAAGCUUUCGAAAAGACUUCCUCUACCCCUUCUCUCGCUGGCACUCUGUUUACUAACUCAGUCUAUUGCGUUCGUGAUGAGUGUGAAAGCUUUCCUUAUGACAAGCCUUGCGACAUUCGUAGCCGAUCAAAACCCACUGAUCACGCUUGCGUUCACUUCGCGUGUGGUUUGUGAACUGACUCUCACCCUGUCCAUUGCGUGGUACCUGAGGAAGCAACGGUCAUCGACGUUUUCGAGGCAUGUUACAUCACUUCCAAUUCGUUCUAUUGCAAUGAUUUUGCAGGACAACGAGCACGAUCGACCGUAUGGUUCUGUGGACUAUCGAAACUGGCUUAACAACCAGCCUGAAUGGAAUCCUUGUCAUGAGCUUCUUCCUAGUGAUGAAGCAGAAUU